AUGAACCUUUUCAUAUUCCUCUUCUUCAUCUGUAUCCAAGCCCUCCCAAAUACUCACUGGGUCGACAUAUGGACAUCCAUGCCCCAGCUGACCGAACCUGAUAACCUGCCUCCACCCCCAUUCAACGCAUCUACCAUCUUCGCCAACACGACAAUCCGCCAAACAAUCCACCUCACCCAAAACACAUCUACCAUCCGUCUUCGCUUCUCCAACGCAUUCGGUCUUGCUGAUCUUCCCAUUUCAAAUGUUACUAUUAGUCUCCCGCAACACCAGAAACCAGGAACAAGCUUGUCUGACACGGAAACUGUAAAGAAACUCACCUUUAAUGGGGAUAAUGGCAUCAUCAUACCGACUGGUGCACUGGCAGUCUCUGAUCCGAUUGACUUUCCAGUUCAAGCACAGUCGGAGCUCAUGGUGAGUUUGUAUUUACGGGAUGGGCAGGAUGGUGGUGCUAUUACGUCGCAUCCGGGAAGUCGGACAACGUCGUGGAUGGCGAGGGGGAACUUCGUGGAGAAGGUGAAUUUGACGGAUGCGAUGAGUGUUGAGCAUUGGUACUAUAUAAGUGCCGUCGAAGCCCUCCUCCCCUCUUCCACCUCUGCCUUUGCCAUAAUCGGGGAUAGCAUCACCGACGGACGGGGGAGUGACACGGAUGGAAAUAACCGGUACCCUCCCUUGCCCCUAUUAGUAUGCAGAACUAAUAAGUGCAGCUGGCCCGAUCUCCUCCUCACACGAAUGCAAGCAUUCCCUGAGACAUCCUCCAUCUCCAUCCUCAACCAAGCAGCGGGCGGAAACAGGGUGUUAAAAGACGGCCUUGGUCCUAACGCACUCAGUCGCAUUGAUCGGGAUAUCCUCGCUCACUCCGGAGUCCGUUAUGCGAUGCUCUUUGAGGGGGUUAAUGAUAUCGGCGUAACCGCUGCAGAUGAAUACAAUCAGACAAUGAUAGGAGAUAGAUUGAUUGUUGCAUAUCAGCAAAUCGUGACACGUCUGCACGCGGCUGACAUCCCAGUGUUUGGUGGUACGAUUACGCCAUUCGGGACUAGUUCGAAUGCUUCAUAUGUCCAGCCGUAUUCACAUCCAGAAAGGGAAAAGACGCGACAGCGGGUGAAUGAGUGGAUACGAACGAGUGGGGUGUUUGACGCGGUGGUGGAUUUUGAUGAGAUGUUGAGGGAUCCUGAUCAGCUGGAUGUAUUGGCUGAGGAGUAUGAUUCUGGGGAUCAUUUGCAUCCGAAUGUUAGGGGGUAUCAGGCUCUGGCUGAUGGAUUUCCAUUGGAGAUUUUCAAUUCCAUGAACUGA